GAAUCCUACCUAGUUCCGGUGUAUUUGGAAGGAAGACAUACCUUACAUAUUUUCUAUGUUUUAACCUUUGUAGACAUGGCAGAACCAGACGAAGGAUCAACAAACAAAGCAGAUAGUGAAUCUGAAGAUGAGUGUGAAGUUUUAGAAGAGAGCCCUUGUGGAAGAUGGCAGAAAAGACGCGAAGAGGUAGAGCAGAGAGAUGUCCCAGGAAUUGACAAUGCGUUUUUGGCAAUGGACACAGAGGAAGGAGUAGAAGUGGUGUGGAAUGAAGUGCAGUUUUCUGGUAACAGGAACUUGAAAGAGCAACAGACUACAGGUCCUGUGGCCAGUGCCCGGCGAAAAUCCUCCAUUCAGAAUGAUCUCCUGUUGAACAGUACACAUUCUCCGAAAGCUCGUCGACGAAAAUCCUCCAUUCAACCCGCCGAAUUCGUCUUUAGCGAGAAGAUAAGACAGGUGUUCAACAGUCUGAUUCAGCUGGACCACCCAAACAUUGUGAAGUUCCACAAAUACUGGACGGACACAAAAGAUGGGCGCCCAAGGGUGAUAUUCAUCACAGAGUACAUGUCAUCUGGCUCCCUGAAACAGUUCCUCAAGAAGACUAAGAAGAAUAACAAGACAUUCCAGCUCAAGGCUUGGAAGAGGUGGUGCACACAAAUUUUAUCUGCACUAAGUUAUUUACAUUCCUGUGACAUCAUACACGGAAAUCUGACCUGUGAUACAAUUUUCAUACAACAUAAUGGCCUCAUCAAAAUUGGUUCAGUGGCUCCAGAUGCAAUGCACAUAGUAAAAACUUACAGAAAGGACAUCAAAAACAUGCACUGUGUGGCUCCAGAAUACGAGGAUCCAUCUCGAUGCACAACUGCCAUAGACAUCUACUCAUUUGGGAUGUGUGCUCUGGAGAUUGCAGCCCUAGGAUUCCAAGGCAAUGGGGGAGAGACUGGCACCAACCAUGUCACAGAAGAGGCCAUUGAGAAAACACUGGCUUCCUUAGAGAACCCUUUACAGAAGGAUUUUAUCGCCAAAUGCAUCCAAAAAGAUCCAAAGAAACGUCCCCAGGCGAGAGAGCUCCUGUUUCAUGAAAUACUUUUUGAAGUCCAUUCUUUGGUGCUGCUAGCUGCACAUGCUAUUGUACACUCAUCUAUCUUGCCUGAAAACUUAACAGACCAAGCCAACAAGUACAAGUUGGAACCCAAUCAAGUGAUUGCUGAGAUAACGCAUCCCGAUGACAGAGAACCAGUAACGUGGAAGGUUGCACAGUGUCCGCCUUUGGAGAGGGAAAAAUUGUUGGAGGAUGUCAGAAAUGGCAUUUUUCCUCUCACCGCCUUUAAACUUCCCACACCUCCUCCCAAACCAAGGGCCAAAACUCCGGAGGUGGAGGAGCUGUCGAAGUCGGAGGACCCGGCCCCAGUGGAUGUGGAGAAUCGCCUGGUCAUGCAGUCCACAUGCUCCGUGAAGAAGACCGACGAAAUCGGCAAAUACAGCAUCACCCUUCAACUGAAAAUGGAUGACAAAAUGAAUAGACAGUUAACUGCCGAAGUCAGUAUUGAAGACACUCCAGAAAAUUUGGCUCAAGAGCUGGUACAUUAUGGAUUCAUCAAUCAGCGUGAUCGUGAUACCAUUACAAAGCUAAUAGAGGGCUCUAUUCCAUCAUCCGCAAUCCAGGAAAACGGUUUACCUGAAUGGAUAGCAACGGCCUGACAGCUCCAUGUGGAGAUCACGUGACAGUAAAAUGAGCCAAUCAAAACACUGACUAUGAUCAAUAUGGUCAUGUAAGGAACAAUCCCUUCUCAUUUGCUUCCCCAUCUCAUCAUAAUAAGAAAUAUACAUGUACGUUCUUGCCUGUGUACAUGUAUUAAAUAGAGGUUGGUGGCUGAGAGAAGUGGAUGCUACAGAACACAGUGAACAGGACUGAUAAAGGACACCCCGCCAUUGCAACGACGAGACAAUGAGAGUAAGGUGGCUUAGGUCGCCAUUUUAUGUUUGUCACAAUUUACCUGUUGCUGGAGUUUUUUAAUGAAUAAAGUAAGCUUUAAAAAAAGUAUGGAUAAGAUGGCAAUAAAUGAGCCAGACUAUGGCGGGUUUGGUGUUUUUUUUUAAACUUGAAAAGGAAUUUUGAAUGAAAAAAAAAAGGGCAACAUAUUUGAAAAAAGUAAUGAAUUUUUUUCCAUUUAAUAUUAUUUUUAUUUUGCAAUCCCUAUCAGCCAGUGUCAAUUGUAUACCUUAGGUUAUUAAGUUUUUAAGUUGAAUAAAAAGCAAAUGUUCAUUUGUGAUAGUACUCUACAUGAAAUACUUGUACUGCAAUACUAUGGUUCAGAUAACUGGAAGAAUUUUCAGUUCAUAUGUUGAAACUUCUUCUUUGAAAAAAAGAGGGAAAGCAUACAAGUCAACAUUUUCUUCAUAAAGGAUUUUGGAUGACUUGAAAAUUUAGACCAUAAUAAUGUAUGUUGAAAUUUGUUUUAAAGUGUGUUUACUUUUGUAAUUUGAAAUUUUUUUAAUGAUAUUGUAUACAUAAUUCUGUUCGGACAUACUUAACUCUUCUGCCAUAAGACUUUAAAUUGUAAAGUGCCAUAUAUUCACCCAACAAUUUUGUUAUGGUAUUUUUGAUAUCAUAUGUGUACUAAAAUAGAUGACUUUUUGUUUGCAAGAUCAGUGUUUAAAAUUUUGGUCAGCUGGUAAAAAAAAAAUUAUUUCAUUUAUUCUUAAAUUGCUUCGAAUUGUAAUUUGAAAAUGUUUCCGUCUAGUUUAUUCUUAAUUUUAAUCAAUUGCAUUUAAAUGUUUCAUUCAAAAAAUGAGUUCUUACAUUUUAUAUAAUUUAUGUUUGUCAGAAAUUAGUUGUGCUCAAUAUUUCAUAUCUCAAAACAUUUUCUCCAGAAUCAUUUGUAAUAUAUGAAGGGCAUUAAUUAAUAAAGUAUAUAAUACAUGUACUAGACAAAAUUUCAAUUGAGAUGAAUUGUAUUUAAUUGAAUAGUACAAUUUUUAUUUGUUUGUCAGAACUAAUCAUAUUUUAAAUUACUUGCUUUCUAAUUCAAAAUGACUAAGUGUUGGUCAUAUAAUGACCAUAAAUCAUUUUUGAGGUCAUUACUUAUCGAUGUACCGGUAACUUUUUUGUUUAUUUUAUGGAACUUCUUUUUAAUAUUAUUGUCACACAAUUUAACUUCAACAUGUUUUGGCAUUGUCAUAAAGCAAAACGGUUUAUUGCUUUAACUUGACAGUUCUAGGGAAUUCUUACUUGUCUCUUAAAAACACAAAUUAUCUUCUUAUUGAAAAAGUUAAACCACUAAAGCAUUAACUAUAUUUUAGAAUUCUAAUUUUUUUUAUUAAAUUUUGAACAAAAUUUUUUUCUUUAAAUCAUGACUGAAAAGUCCAUUUACUGUACACAUCUAACUGCGUAAAAGGAAUUUCUAACAUACUGUUUCAGAAAUGGGGAUUAAUAUCCAAUAUUAAAUGGUCGUAAAUAGGUACCUAGUAAUAACUGUUAUUGUUUACAUUAUACAUCCCUGGUAUUACAUUUUGCAGUGCUUUUGUAGUCGAUCAUUUUCUUGACCAAUAUUUGAUCUGAUGGAAUUCUCCGGUCUUGGCAUACAAUUCUCAUGUCACAUUUUGUUUUGUUGUUUUUGCUUUGUUAUUUUAUGUGCAAUGAUUUACAGUUAUUUUUAAAAUUCACAGUUACAAUAUGCAUUAAACUAAAGGAACAAUGAA